AUGCUGGAUAAGCGGCGGCUACAUGCCUCCGGUACUUCGCCAUGCACCCUCAUCUUUGUGGUCGUUUUGGCACUAACUGGAUGCUUCUCGUUUUGGAUUCACAUCGAUGGUUCAGGAUCGCCGAUUCCUUACUCCAGCGGCGGUGUGGCCGCGCCAGGAUAUAUCCUUAUAUUUCCCGGAAACGUCACACCCUCCACGCAGCCCUACUCGAUAAACGAACUUCCGUCCGAUGAUAAAUCUACGCUGAUCAACAUCACGGACUUCAGGUUCAUUAUGAACCACAAUCCCUGUAAUCGUACACAGCCAUUGCUACUAAUGUUGAUUCACUCGGCGCCAGGGAAUUUCCCGAAGAGGCAUGUUGUACGGGAGACCUGGGGCCAGCAAGCGCCGGACGUGACUUUAUUAUUUCUCGUGGGAUACUCGGAGAAAUAUCAAUCCAGGCUCGAGAAUGAGAACGAAAAAUACCAAGACUUAAUACAGGGAAACUUUCUUGAUGCCUAUAGAAACAUGACCUAUAAGCACGUUAUGGGAUUAAAGUGGACUACUUAUUAUUGUCCAAGUGCCAAAUAUAUUCUUAAAUUAGACGAUGACGUUUUUGUUCAUUUACCGGCCAUGCUGGACUUUCUAACGCAUGGUCUAUCGCCGUGGGGUGCAAGACGUCUGAUUCUCUGUGAUCUUCUGUCGGCUUCCGCAGUGAAGAGAUCUUGGCGCUCGAAAUGGCGCGUCUCUCCUCAGGAGUAUCCCGGUAGACUUUAUCCCGCAUAUUGUGCCGGAUGGGCGAUCCUAUACUCUCCCGAUAGUGUAUUUAUACUGUACCGCGAGGCUCAGAAAGAGCCAUACUUUUGGAUCGACGACGUGCACAUUACCGGGACACUGGCUAGGAAAGUAAAUUUAACGCAAACCUCAUUACGCUCUUGGGUGCUUACGACCGAGAGCAUGCGGGACCUGUUGUCGAAUCCGAACGCUCGACGGGAUUUUUUGUUCGGGCCUCCGGAUCUAACGGAGAACGGAAUACGAGCCUUAUAUAGUCUGGUUACUAAACCACGGCCUAGCAGUGAAAGCCUAUUGAAUUAAACGUCUAAUAGAACAAUUUCGUUAUACUUGAUCGCCGUAACGCGAGGACGGCAGAAAGGAAGGAGAGAUACGAACAGCAAGUGUUCUUAUAUACUUUCUGCGUAUCUUAAUUCUAUAUACAUUGCGAUAUGCUCUGUACAAUGGUUCAACGUUAAGUGUUCGAUUAUUUGCACAAUAUACAAACGCCAUAUUAUGUACGAUACGUACAUAAUAAUGCGUUAGAUAUAUGUGCACAUGUGUAUAUAUGUAUAUACAUAUAUAUAUACACACACACAUACA